AUGCGGGCGCGUGGGGUCUACGCGUCCUUGUUCGUCGUCGAUAUUUCCCUGUCCUGUUGUGUCCAGCCCUGCUUCGUCCAGCCAACCCAGUCAAAUCAUUGGACUGAAUUGAAGAUUGAAGCUCUUCUCCUCAUUUUAGCUGCUCUACAGGAUCACAGAGUCGCUGCUGAUGAAAGACAGAUAUUUCCACUGGAUAUGUCUCUGAAUUCAGUUAAUGAUCUUUAUUAUGGGUGCAGAAGUGAAAUGUUUAAAAAAGUGGUGCAAACCUAUCUGAAGAAAGAGCUCAAUCAUUCAGCUGAUUUUAAAAAAGCAUGGGAAUUAGGAAAGAAGAAUGUUACCACUAAUUGGAGAAGUGUGCUAAAAAAAGACCAUAAAGUCGCCAUGUUUGAGUACAUUACUACAUACACUGAUCCACAAACUAAAGUAUAUGUUAAACUCAAUAACGCCUCUCGAAACGGCAAACAAAACUACAAACAUGGUAAAUACAACUGGUAUUCACUGAAUUUUCUGUUAACAGAUGCGAUCCGUAUUCUGAGGAAAAGACAGAACACAUGCUAUUAUACUUUUCGUGGUACAAAUAUUGAGUUUGAAGGUCAGGCUUUUACAAGCGUUCGUUUUGGCUCUUUUACAUCCUCCUCUAAGUAUCGUGGCAGAGCAGAGGGGUUUGGAAAGGUGUCUUUUUUUGAGAUUGAAACUUGUGAAGGUGCUUAUAUUCGUAAUUAUUCUAGGACUCCUUAUGAAGAAGAGGUGCUAAUUCCUCCAUGUGAGGUGUUUAAUAUCACUCAAAUCAAGCGAAAUGAUCACCGGUUUAAAACGGUGUAUGUGUUGAACAGCACUGGAAUAAUGAGUGACCUGAACUGUGCUCUAUUCAGGACGUCUUAA